AAUUGAUUGGCAUCAAAAGGACAUGGGUGGGUCUUCUCAUUUACCUUGAUUGAGAGUAAGGUGCCAAAUGAGUGUGUUGACUUUUCCCUCAGCCUCCCAUCCGAAUUAGGCCAUCAAAUAGAGAAAUAACCUCUGCAAAUACUCCCCUCCAUAGCCAUGAACCGAGCUUAAGGUUGAAGAAGGCUCAAGGAAGAAGAAAGGCUUGGAAAAGAAGAGAAAAACUUAGAAAAAUCAAGGAAUUUUACCAAGGUAUUCUAGACUUCUCAAGGAAUCUAGGAGUGGCCGUAAAAGUCGCCGGAGCUGCCGGAGUUUUCGCCGGAAAAUUCAAAAGUCGCCGGAGUUCAAACAAAGAAGAUAAAAGCUUGCUAGCGUCAUUUCGAGGUUGAAGCUAGAGCUUACUUCCUGCACCCGUUGCUCGGGAGAUCGAUGGAGAGAAGACGUGGAAUGGGUGGUAGUGAUAGGGCGGUUCGAGGAAAUCCGAGAGGGCGCGCACCGGGGAUAGCCGGGCAAGCCAAUCGGGGGAUAUCAAUGUCGCGUAAGAGGCGAGGUAUGGGCAAUCAAGGCCCACGAACACGAGCCGCGAUGGCUGAUCACAAUGUGACUGAAUUCGAGUCGUGGGACUCAGAGGAUGACUCAACUUAUCACCCUCAAAGCGAGUCAGAUGAAACUUCUUUUGAAGAAAACAGUGGGGAGGAUAUACAUAGUAUUCCUCCUGACCAGGUUAGUGAAAUGUACCGAUGGUACCAACGUGAAAGGGGAAGACAACGACAGGGAUCUCAGGAGGGACAUGUCAGAGGCGAGACUUCUCUCAGGAGGGGUCGGGGUGCUCACAGAGCACAAGUUAGGACAGUCAGGGAAUCUGAUGGUGAAGGACCACUCUUUAAAAUCUCAAAGUAUCUCAAAGAGGCUAGAGCCUUGGGGUGCAAACCAUUUGAUGGGACGGAGGACAUAUCGGAAGCAGCCGAGUGGAUAAAAAGGUUGAAUGAUGCAGCUGAUGACAUGCAGGUGGUCCCUGAACGAAAGUUAAGGGUAGCCACUAGAUUAUUGGAGGGUUUAGCUUCUUCUUGGUGGGAAGGCACCAAGGGUAAGUUUGACGGGGUUGUCACGUGGGACAACUUCGAGCAAGCAUUCUAUGAGCAGUUUUACACCUCUUUCGAAGUAAAUCGAAAGAGGAGGGAAUAUAUCGAUCUCAAACAGGGAAAUGAGUUUACGGUGAAGCAACUGGAACAAAGAUUCCGACAUCUGGCAAGGUUCUUGCCUGAAUAUGCCGCAAAUGAGAAUCGAAUGGCAAACCAUUUUUGGAAUGCACUCAAUUUGGAAAUACGCGAAAGGGCGACCUACCAAUUCAACAUGACUUUCAGUCAGGUAGUAGCUCAGGGUCUCCAGGGGGAGGAGCUUUGGAAGGAAAGGCAAGCAAGGGAUGCAAAGGAAGCAGAAGAAAGAGCCCAGGUGAUCAUUCACCCUCCACGACGAGAGGGGAAGGAUGAACUUCAGAGCAAGGGGAACUCUAACAAGUUAGUUCCGUUUUUCAGUAAGAGCCAGGACUUGGUAAGUCAAAGCUCAAGCACUCGGGGCAUGGGGGCACCCAAAUGUGAGAAUUGUAGGCGAAGGCACUAUGGGAGAUGUCGAGAGCCAUCUAGAUGUUACUUUUGUGGAGAAACAGGCCACAUCAAGGUCCUUUGUCCUCAACGUGCGCGUGAAGGAACAUCAGGAGCUAGAGGAGGGGUCACGGGGGUUGAAAACCCAACUAAGGUUGCCUCAAACAUGGUACCUUCUACAAGUCAAUGGCGAACUCGCUCGUGAAGGCCGGGAAUGGCGGAAGCCAUUUGUUAGGCCCGACUUUGGCACAAGGAAUUUUACCAAGGUAUUCUAGACUUCUCAAGGAAUCUAGGAGUGGCCGUAAAAGUCGCCGGAGCUGCCGGAGUUUUCGCCGGAAAAUUCAAAAGUCGCCGGAGUUCAAACAAAGAAGAUAAAAGCUUGCUAGCGUCAUUUCGAGGUUGAAGCUAGAGCUUACUUCCUGCACCCGUUGCUCGGGAGAUCGAUGGAGAGAAGACGUGGAAUGGGUGGUAGUGAUAGGGCGGUUCGAGGAAAUCCGAGAGGGCGCGCACCGGGGAUAGCCGGGCAAGCCAAUCGGGGGAUAUCAAUGUCGCGUAAGAGGCGAGGUAUGGGCAAUCAAGGCCCACGAACACGAGCCGCGAUGGCUGAUCACAAUGUGACUGAAUUCGAGUCGUGGGACUCAGAGGAUGACUCAACUUAUCACCCUCAAAGCGAGUCAGAUGAAACUUCUUUUGAAGAAAACAGUGGGGAGGAUAUACAUAGUAUUCCUCCUGACCAGGUUAGUGAAAUGUACCGAUGGUACCAACGUGAAAGGGGAAGACAACGACAGGGAUCUCAGGAGGGACAUGUCAGAGGCGAGACUUCUCUCAGGAGGGGUCGGGGUGCUCACAGAGCACAAGUUAGGACAGUCAGGGAAUCUGAUGGUGAAGGACCACUCUUUAAAAUCUCAAAGUAUCUCAAAGAGGCUAGAGCCUUGGGGUGCAAACCAUUUGAUGGGACGGAGGACAUAUCGGAAGCAGCCGAGUGGAUAAAAAGGUUGAAUGAUGCAGCUGAUGACAUGCAGGUGGUCCCUGAACGAAAGUUAAGGGUAGCCACUAGAUUAUUGGAGGGUUUAGCUUCUUCUUGGUGGGAAGGCACCAAGGGUAAGUUUGACGGGGUUGUCACGUGGGACAACUUCGAGCAAGCAUUCUAUGAGCAGUUUUACACCUCUUUCGAAGUAAAUCGAAAGAGGAGGGAAUAUAUCGAUCUCAAACAGGGAAAUGAGUUUACGGUGAAGCAACUGGAACAAAGAUUCCGACAUCUGGCAAGGUUCUUGCCUGAAUAUGCCGCAAAUGAGAAUCGAAUGGCAAACCAUUUUUGGAAUGCACUCAAUUUGGAAAUACGCGAAAGGGCGACCUACCAAUUCAACAUGACUUUCAGUCAGGUAGUAGCUCAGGGUCUCCAGGGGGAGGAGCUUUGGAAGGAAAGGCAAGCAAGGGAUGCAAAGGAAGCAGAAGAAAGAGCCCAGGUGAUCAUUCACCCUCCACGACGAGAGGGGAAGGAUGAACUUCAGAGCAAGGGGAACUCUAACAAGUUAGUUCCGUUUUUCAGUAAGAGCCAGGACUUGGUAAGUCAAAGCUCAAGCACUCGGGGCAUGGGGGCACCCAAAUGUGAGAAUUGUAGGCGAAGGCACUAUGGGAGAUGUCGAGAGCCAUCUAGAUGUUACUUUUGUGGAGAAACAGGCCACAUCAAGGUCCUUUGUCCUCAACGUGCGCGUGAAGGAACAUCAGGAGCUAGAGGAGGGGUCACGGGGGUUGAAAACCCAACUAAGGUUGCCUCAAACAUGGUACCUUCUACAAGUCAAUGGCGAACUCGCUCGUGAAGGCCGGGAAUGGCGGAAGCCAUUUGUUAGGCCCGACUUUGGCACAAGGUUGAAGCUAGAGCUUACUUCCUGCACCCGUUGCUCGGGAGAUCGAUGGAGAGAAGACGUGGUUCGUGCUUCCUCCGGUUCUAUUUCUAAAUAAUUAAAUAAUGCUCAUGGAACUAUUUUGACUUAUAAAUUAAUGGAGCCUGCGAGCUCUUGUUUUACCCUUGUGUGGGUUCUUAUUAAACACUUAUAUUCCGCUAUGUGUUUGAUUGUAUGUUGAUGUUGUUAUGUAUGUUUACUAAUCGGUUUUGGCAUAUGUAUCUAUCGGACGUCUUGUGCAAUUCGG